UUAAAUAAGAGGUGGGGAGUGACGUCAUCUUGUGAGUAAUGUCUUCCCGUAGAUGAGACGUCUGUGGUGGGUAUUGAGAAAUUAUCUUCACUGAUAUCCUCACAGGUUGACGGACAAAGAUGUCUGACCGAAAAGCGGAGUUAGAACGUAAGAAAGCUCGUCUCGAGCAGAUGAGAAAAGAGAGACAAGAAAAGGAACAACGUCGCAAGUUAAAAGAUAAUGAAGAAGUGAAACCAGGAAAACCCCCACAAGACCUGAGAGCUGAAACUGAUGCUUUACUUCAAGACUUGGGUAUACCACCAAAUGUUUGGAACAGACUUGAGAAUAGUGGUCGAAGUGGUAGCAUAAGCCCCACAGUACAGGACACUGAACAAACAAAUGUGGUAAUUUCUGGAGGAAGCACUAGGCCGAAGGUAAAGUUGUCCAUCUGCAAGGUUUCAGAGACGACCAUUGCUCCAAAAGAGAAUGUCUCAUACAGUAAAGAAACUCAGACUACAAGUGUUGAAACAGGAGAUCGUGAAGGCAACCGAUAUGGCAGCAAAGGAUCCUCAUCGAAUUUUCCCCAAGUGGAUGCACGUCUUGAAAACGACGACACUCGGGGACCAUGGGAUUAUUACGGGUCGUCUCCACGCUUUGAUUCCUCACGCAUCGGUUCCCCAAAGUUUGUAUACCCCAAUUUGGAAUGGGACGAUGAAUUUGCCGAAGUUCUUGUUUAUGAUGAUAAUGGGCACACAGAUGACGACACGGACUCUGUGGAAGCUUCCAGUGAAACAACACCAGCUCAUCAACACAAGAUGCCACAUGUUGAGAUGGUGCAGCCUGCCAAGACACAGCAAGAAAUUGAGCAAGAGUCAAAAGUUGAAAAAUGGAUCAAAGAACUCAGUGACGAUGAGAAGAAACAGAUCAUGUCUUCUGAAGAUUUCCAGAAUUUCUUCAAUCGUUCAUCUCGUCUUGUUGAGCGUGUACUUGCUGAGAAUGAGACAGAUAUGUACAUUGACUAUGUUGGUAGUGAUAAAGAGGGCAAAGAUGAUGACCAGUUUGCUGGAGAUCGUCUGAAAUUAAACAGGUAUUUCUUUGAUGAAAGAUGGUCAAAGCAUCGAACCAUUACUAGUUUGGAUUGGUCAACUCAGCAUCCUGAAUUGUUAGUUGCUUCUUAUAAUACCAACGAAGAAUCUCCACAUGAUCCAGAUGGUGUGGUAUUAGUCUGGAACUCCAAGUUCAAGAAAGACACACCUGAAUUUAUAUUUCACUGUCAGUCUGCUGUGAUGUCAAGCUGUUUUGCCAAUUUCCACCCAAAUUUGGUAGUUGGCGGCACCUAUUCUGGCCAAAUUGUUCUGUGGGACAACAGAGUCAAUAAACGAACUCCUGUCCAACGUACUCCACUCACUGCAGCUGCUCACACGCAUCCUGUCUACUGCAUCAAAGUAGUUGGAACCCAGAAUGCUCACAAUCUAAUCAGUGUGUCAACCGAUGGCAAGAUCUGUUGCUGGAGUUUGGACAUGUUAUCACAACCUCAAGACAGCAUGGAACUUCAACAUCGUCAAAGCAAAGCAGUUGCUGUGACUUGUUUCUCCUUCUUAGCUGGAGAUGUUAACAACUUUGUUGUUGGUAGUGAAGACUGCACAGUUUACACAGCAUCUCGGCAUGGCAGUAAAGCUGGUAUAACUGAGUCCUUUGAGGGUCACCAAGGCCCUGUGACUGGUAUUGAUUGCCACAAUGUACCUGGUCAGAUAGAUUUCUCUCCAUACUUCCUGACAUCAUCUUUUGACUGGACCAUUAAGCUGUGGAGUAAUCGAGAUUCAAAAUACAUCCAUUCAUUUGAAGACAACAGUGACUACGUCUAUGAUGUACAGUGGUCUCCCAUACACCCAGCCAUGUUUGCAAGUGUUGAUGGAAUGGGUCGACUGGAUUUGUGGCACCUUAAUAACGAAACCGAGGUCCCAACUGCUACAGCUGUUUCUGAUAAUAAUGUUGCUCUAAAUCGGUGUAGAUGGCACCAAAGUGGACAUCAUAUUGCAGCUGGUGAUGACAAUGGACGUAUUAAUGUUUAUGAUGUGGGCGAGCAUAUUGCCAAUCCAAAGAACGAUGAAUGGUCAUGUUUCCGACAGACGUUGCAAGAACUGAAGAGCCAUGCUGCUGAACGAGAAGAAGAUUCUUCGUUUAUGGGGUCAAUGACAGUGCCACUGCGGUAAUUUUGUAAGCCCCCCUCCUUCCCUCACAGCUACAUGAACAUAAACAGCAGUCCACAGCUCCCAAGGAUGCACAUCAGUGGAAGAAGAGACAAAGAUAGAGAUGGUUGUGUUGUUGAAUGGUGACCUUGGUUGGGUGAAUAACUGCCUUGAUUUAAGUUAGCCUCGUAUUUUCUUAUCAGAUAAAUUACAUUUAUUCUGCUGGCAUUUUUUGUUCAUCUUACUUUUCACAAAGGAAUAACACAAAGAGAGAGAGACUCUCUGUUAUUUUUUUUUUUUUUAAUAACGGUCUAAUUUAUGUAUUUAGAUUGUUGGGGAGAAGGACUUAAGAAAUGCAUGUGAUAUUAUCAUUAUAUAAAUACAUAUUAUCUUUGUUCCCAACAUGCCUGUCAUAUAGCCAUUUCUUUUUCCUUUUCAAUAAGAACUAGAAAAUUAUUUUUAUUUAACAGAAUGUAAAAGUUCUGUUAUAAACUUAGGCUGUUAUUUCUGUUGCAAGUUGCAGUAAAUAGCAAUGUCUGAAAUGAAUGCUAUUUACAGUUAAUUUCAUUGUUUUUUUUUUCCCCCUUCUCUUAGAUAAUAAAUAUUUCCACAAUACAAAUAAUGUUUGCCUUGAAUCAAAAAAUGUUUGAUAAAGUUGAAACUAAAGUCAAAGUGAAAGAUGAGACAUGUAUAUUUUUUCUACUUUAUAAUCUCCAACUUUGUAUCUUACACUUUCUGCUUGAUAAAUACUGUGUUAUCAUUAUUAUUAUUAUUAGCAGCAGCAUUAGUAUUACAAUGUAUUAUUAGUUAUUGCAGUUAUUUGUCCUCUUUCAAAACCAAACACUUUACAAUAAUAGCCUGAAACUUAAUGAGAUUGUUCUGACUUGGGGAUAAAACAAUUUUGCAUCAUUGUCAUAGUAACUGUAAUCAUUAAAAUACAGUUAUUCACUUGUGUUAUUUUGUGAUAUAAUAUAACCUGUGCCUGCAGAGGACAAAGAGUGAAUAUAAAGGUGUUUUUAACAUUUACAAUAACCAUCCUCAACAAACACACACACACACACAAGCUAGUUACAUAAUGCAAUGCUAUAUGCUUCAUUUGCAUUAAGCUACCUAAUAAAGUUAAGAUCUAUCUGCAGAAAUAAGUUUAAAAAGAAAUUACAAUACAUGUCUUCACUAGUCAAUAAAGUUGUAUGGAUUGAUUCAUUAAUAUUGACUAUGGUCACACUUUUAGUUACCAUAGGUGUUUAUUUGAAAUUUAGUUUUGGGGUUCAUUUCAUUAAUUAACUGGACAGUAAAUAUAUCAUUUGGUAGUUAUUUCACUGCUAAUAUUAUUAUUAUUUGGGGAUAAUUUUGCUUCCGUUGUUCAAUUCCUCUUGGGUAAUAAUUCCUUGAUGUGUUACAGUAGGUUGAGACAUUUCUUGUGUCAACUACUGUUACUACUUACCACUGGAACAUGUAAUAUUCUGUAACGACCACUCCAUGCCAAGCAUUUUGUUUCUCUGUAAUACCAGAAUAAAUUUAUUUGCUUA